AUGAGCGUCGCAUCUGCUUCAGACUGUGGCCAAUUUACGGCUUAUCUCUUUCAGGUUGGCCAGGACUCAGCCGGAUGGAGAGAAGCGUCUAUUUCUUUCUUUCUAUCUAUCUAUCUAUCUAUCUAUCUAUCUAUCUAUAGUUAUCUAUCUAUCUAUCUAUCUAUCUAUCUAUCUAUCUAUCUAGUUAUCUAUCUCAGCCUAUUCAUAUUCAUCUAUCUAUCUAUCUAUCUAUCUAUCUAUCUAUCUAUCUAUCUAUCUAUAGUUAUCUAUCUCAGCCUAUUCAUAUCUAUCUAUCUAUCUAUCUAUCUUUAUCUAUCUCAGCCUAUUCAUAUCUAUCUAUCUAUCUAUCUAUCUAUCUAUCUAUCUUUAUCUAUCUCAGCCUAUUCAUAUCUAUCUAUCUAUCUAUCUAUCUAUCUAUCUAUCUAUCUAUCUAUCUAUCUAUCUAUCUAUCUAUCUAUCAUAGCAGGCUGUUCAAUAUGUAACACAAUCGGUUACUUCUCCCGUAAUGACAGCUUAUGCCUGACAAAACACAAAUCUGUACUCCCCCUCUUUCACUCAAUUUGUCCCUUUUUCUCUCAAUUUGUCCUUCUUUCCCUCAGUUUGUGCCUCUUGCUCUCAAUGUGUCCUUCUCUAACUCAAUCUGUCCCACUUUCCCUCAAUUUGUCCCUCUUUCCCUCAGUCUGUCCCUCUUUCCUUGAAUAUGUCCUUCUUUCUUUCAAUAUGUCCCUCUUUCCCUCAAUAGUCUGUCCCUCUUUCCUUGAAUAUGUCCUUUCUUUCAAUCUGUCCCUCUUUCCCUCAAUUUGUCCCUCUCUCCCUCAAUCUGCCCCUCUUUCCUUAAAUAUGUUCCUCUCUCCCUCAAUCUGCCCCUCUUUCCUUAAAUAUGUCCAUCUUUCCCUCAAUCUGUCCCUCUUUCCCUCAAUCUGUCCCCCUUUCCUUGAAUAUGUCCCUCUUUCCCUCAAUAGGUCCAUCUUUCCCUCAAUCUGUCCCUCUUCCCCUCAAUCUGCCCCUCUUUCCUUAAAUAUGUCCCUCUUUCCCUCAAUAGGUCCAUCUUUCCCUCAAUCUGUCCCUCUUUCCCUCAAUCUGUCCCCCUUUCCUUGA